GAACGCUGGAAUUGAGCAACGCACAGCAACUUAUACCUGCUUCGGCUGCGUAUACUGCCUGAAUGGUAUUGCAUUUUCGCAACAUCGCACACCAACAAUUUGGGUUCCUAUUUUUAGUCAUUUGCUGAUUAGCCACAGCCAUAGCCACAAGAUUCCCCACGCCCAUGAAGUGAUAUUGCAACAGCAACAGUGUGUUCGUUUACGACGAGGCAAUCUCGGCAUCUGAUAGGAUAGGAUGGAUCCGCUGCUGUCCGACAAACAGAGGAGGGCAACGGACAUUCGUGAUGCCAUACAGAAGUACCACGCGGAACGAAAUCCGUGGGGACCGGAUCAUCGAGCGCACGCCGUGUUUCUUGGAGUUCAGCGGAAUAAUGCACGACGGCGCUUUCACAUCGCAGAUAAUGGAAAAAGAUGUUGUUCUUGUAUAGGAUGGAUCCUGCUUUUGGUGGCCGCUUGUACAGCGGCCUGGUAUACGUGGUCCAGGGUAAUAGACAGCGCGAACAAUUUGGCCACAAAUUUUCCGGCACUGCGAACCAUCGGAGAAAAACAAUGUCUACCAACGGAGCCGGUGACUAAUUCGUUCGUUCAAGUGGUUAAUUGUACACUGCAGCAGACAGGAUUGUUUGCAGAGAGACUGGCUCUAGUGCUGAAGAGCGGCUACGAUGUUUGAUUGACGACUUAAGUGACCAGAGAGAUGGUGGUUGUGAUGUUUUGUGAAAUUACUUUUACGUUAGGUCUAGGUGACCUAGAGGAACAAAAUUCACCUGUAUUUUACAUACAUAGUCAAUAGGUUAUAGUGAAGUGAAUGAAGUUACGUUUUUGUGUUCGAAAUACACUCUGUGCAUGGAUGUUUUGAAUAGCCGCAAACAGACUGAUAAGUAACUAUAAGAUUGUGGGUGUUUACUUGAUCAAUGAAUAAAUAUUUAUGUGUUGUGCCUACAGCUUCA